AUGGAUACCACUAAACAUGAUGAUGCUGGCACUUCUGGAAGUGGUGGGAGUCACACUGGUGGCUCUAGGACUGGUCUAUUCAGAACACCUAUUUCAGGUGGUGUGCACAGUGCAACCGCUGUUCAUGAUUUACCACCACCAGCUUUGGCCGUUCGCAACCUCAUGGAACAGGCAAGGUUUGCUCAUCUGUGCACUGUCAUGUCUCGGAUGCAUCACCGCCGUGAAGGAUACCCAUUUGGUUCUCUAGUAGAUUUUGCACCUGACCCUUUUGGCCAUCCAAUCUUCUCAUUAUCCCCGCUAGCCAUCCACACAAGAAAUUUGUUGGCAGACCCAAGAUGCACCCUUGUUGUACAGGUACCUGGAUGGAGUGGACUAUCAAAUGCACGAGUAACUAUCUUUGGUGAUGUCUUUCCGUUGCCCGCUGAACAACAGGAAUGGGCUCAUCAGCAGUAUGUUUCAAAGCACCAGCAGUGGGCAUCCCAACAGUGGGGUAACUUUUACUACUACAGAAUGCACACAAUAAGUGACAUAUAUUUCAUUGGAGGUUUUGGUACCGUUGCUUGGAUAGAUGUGAAUGAAUAUGAGGCUCUGCAACCUGACAAGAUUGCAAUGGAUGGAGGGGAACACAAUCUGAAGGAACUCAAUUCAAUGUUCUCAAAGCCUCUGAAAGAACUUUUAUCAACUGAUGAAGGAGAGGUAGACGAUGUAGCUGUUAUUUCAAUGGAUAGUAAAGGUAUCGAUAUCCGUGUUCGACAUGGUGCACAGUUCAACAUCCAGAGGAUAGCUUUUGAGGUGGAUCACAGCGUCGAAACACUGGAUGAAGCCACGGAAGCGCUUAGGAGGAUCAUCGGCAAGUCUAGGUGGCACACAAGAGCUCAAUUAUGA